AUGUCAAAACAAUCUGAGGACGAGAAGGCUAUAUCAAUCAUAGAAACGGUGGUGCCCAUUCGAGAACAAGAAGAUGCCAAAUCGGAGGCGGUAUCUACCGACGACUAUUAUGAUGCACGUGUUGAUCAAGGUGUUACCGAAGACAGCAGCUUGAACGAAUUUGGACAUGGCAAGGGUAAUAUCCUUACAGCAUACUUUAAUGUGGUAUGUGUGGUAGCUGGCACUGGUACAUUAGGGUUACCCAAAGCAUUCGCUGUGGGUGGAUGGCUCGGUAUCCUCACACUUUUGCUCGCACAUGCCAUGGCCGUAUACAGUGGUAUUGUCCUGAUUCGAUGUUUGUACUACAAGCCUGGUCAACGUUUGCAUGAUAUCAAAAGCAUCGGCACAGCUGCGUUUGGUCGCAUUGGUUACCUCAUUGCAUCAGUGUUGCACUUGCUCAUUAUUUUUGGUUCUCCUGCAUUGUACCUUGUGCUGGCAGGUAGCAACAUGCAUGAAUUGCUUACUCACACGUCGGCAAAGCUUUCACAGCCAAUAUGGACCAUCAUUGUGGGUGUCUUCCUCUUGAUCCCAUCGCUUAUUCAACGUACGUUACAUGAGGUGACAGCUACAUCAGCUAUAGGUGCCGUAUGCACGAUGAUUGCUGUUUUCGUUAUCAUCAUUGUUGCGCCCAUUGAUCUUGCGCAGCAUCCCGACCGCCAUCCUGUUCACGAUGCUGUCAUAUGGACGGGCUUUCCCACUGCCCUGUCAACCAUAGCCUUUUCAUUUGGAGGAAACAAUACCUAUCCACAUGUCGAACAUGCUUUGCGUAAACCACAUCAAUGGAAAUACGCUGUUACGGCAGGGUUGACGACAUGUACGCUCUUGUACUUCAUGACGGCUGUUCCAGGCUACUACGUGUAUGGAAGAGAUACCCAAUCACCCAUCUACAACUCACUGCCAAUGGGUGCAGGUCGUACUGUUGCUACGAUUGUCAUGACGAUCCACGUGAUUCUUGCAAUCCCUAUCUUCACCACGUCCUUUUCUCUCGAGUUCGAACAAUUUGCGCGUGUAGAUGAACAUCGUAUCGGUAAACUUGGUGCAUGGUUUGGUCGUGCCGUGAUACGUACCAUGACCAUGGUGAUCCUUGUGGUAUUGGCGGUGUUUGUACCCUUCUUUUCGGAUUUCAUGAGUCUCAUUGGUGCUCUCGGUAACUGUGGGCUUGUGUUUUUGCUCCCUGUUGCAUGCUACCUCAAGCUCACUGGAUGGCGCAACAAAAAAUUUUACGAACUUGCAUUUUGCUUGUUGACAGCAUUUCUCGGCAUCGUCGGAUGUAUCUUUGGUACCAUCGAUGCUAUCAAAGCACUCGUUAAAGAUUUCCAAGGCCAACAGUAG